AAAACAAAACCAGUCCCACCCCUCUCUCUCUCUCUCUGUCUCUCUCUACAUUUUCCCUCUCUACCAGUAAAUCAUUUCUCUCUCUCUCUCUCUCUGAUGCUGAGCUUUUGAAUCAAAUGUGAUGGGAAGUGGGUUCUCGCAACUCUUCCCUUGCUUCAAUCCGGCGGCGAACCGGGCCGACUCCAACAACCGGGACCUGAUCUUCACCUCCUCCGAACCGCUCGACGAAACCCUAGGUCACUCCUUCUGCUACGUCCGCUCCUCCGCUCGCUUCCUCUCUCCUACUCCCUCCGAUCGUUUUCUCUCUCCGACUCACUCCCUCCGCUUCUCUCCCUCUCACGAACCGGUCCCGGGUAAGUCCAGACCGCCCGGUUUACCCGAACCCGUCUUCAAAGCCAUCUCCGGCGCCUCGGUGAGCGCGAACACUUCGACUCCCCGAACAGUCCUUCAACUCGACAAUAUUUACGACGAUGCCACUGACUCUGUUGGUGGUGGUGUGAAGUCCAGUAUUGUGAAUGGGUUCGAUUGCACGUCGUCGUUUAGUGCUUUGCCGCUCCAACCGAUUCCUCGCGGCGGCGAACCGUCCGGUCCGAUGGAGAGGGCGUUCUUCAUGUCCGGUCCGAUCGAGCGUGGCGCCCUCUCCGGACCGCUCGAACCGUCGGCCGGCGGUUCGGACGGCGGCGGUGUGCCCUUCUCGGCGCCGCUCGGUGGCGUUUACGUAAAAAAGAGGAGGAAGAAGGGUAUAACGGGAAUUCGAAAGGCCUUUUCGAGGAAUUUUUCGGAGAAGAAGAGGCCGUGGGUUGUGCCGGUGAGGAACUUCGUCGGCCGGAAAGAGGUCGCCGGAGAGGGAGGUGAGUCGGAGACGAAGAGGGAGAGUAAUGUUCAGUGGGCUUUAGGGAAGGCAGGUGAGGAUCGGGUACAUGUGGUUGUAUCGGAAGAACAUGGGUGGUUGUUUGUUGGGAUUUAUGAUGGGUUUAACGGCCCUGAUGCUCCUGAAUUCUUGAUGGGUAAUCUGUAUAAAGCUCUGUACAAAGAACUAGAAGGUCUGUUUUGGGAUUCUGAGGAAGCUUGUCCACAAGAGAGUACAAUUACAAUCCCAUUAACAGGUAGUAGUGGUGGAGAGAUUUUGAAUUGUGGGGAAGUUGAAAUUUGUGGAAAUGAAUCUGAUUUAUCUCAAUCGGAUCGAGGAUCAGUAAAGAAAGUAACAUUUCAAUCUGAAAUUGAGGUUAGACGGAGACGAUUAUGGGAAUUUCUUGCCGAAGAUGACCCGGAAGACGGACUUGAUCUAUCUGGUUCGGAUAGAUUUGCAUUUUCGGUGGACGAUGCGCUUAGCGUGAGCAAUGCUGGCUCGGCUGUGAGUAGACGGUCACUGUUGUUAACAAAAUUGAAACAUGGGUUGAUUAAGCAUCACAAGGACAGUAAGAAGUUGUUUCCAUGGAGAUUUGGGCUGGAGGCCAAAGAGAAAACUGAAGCUGAGAAUAGAGUUGAGGAGGAGGAGGAGGAGAGAACUAGCAAAAGUGGUAGGAAGCGAAAAAUUGGUCCUAUUGAUCAUGAAUUGGUUUUGAGCGCAAUGUCACGGGCUCUUGAUGUGACUGAGCUUGCGUAUUUGGAUAUGACAGAUAAGGUUCUUGAUCAGAAUCCAGAGCUUGCCUUGAUGGGUUCGUGUUUAUUGGCUGUGCUGAUGAGAGAUGAGGAUGUGUAUGUGAUGAAUGUUGGAGAUAGUAGGGCUAUUGUGGCACAAUUGGAGCCUGAAGAAAUUAGUACUAGCACGGGGUCGAAGGGCCUUGUUAAUAAUGGGUCAAAUGCGGAGGACAUAGUUGAGGAGUCCACAGACGAUGGUGAGAGGGUGAAUAAUGUGGCAAAUGAAGCUCCUAAUCAAGUUAUGAGGUUAACUGCAUUGCAGUUGUCUACUGAUCACAGCACAAGCAUUGAAGAAGAAGUUAUUAGAAUCAAGAGUGAACACCCAGAUGACAGCCAUUGUAUUGUCAAUGAUAGAGUAAAAGGCCGUCUUAAAGUUACCCGUGCAUUCGGGGCUGGGUUUCUUAAACAGCCCAAGUGGAACGAUCCAUUAUUGGAAAUGUUUCGGAAUGAGUAUAUUGGUACUGCACCGUACAUAUCUUGUUCACCUUCUCUUUGUCACCAUAAACUGUGUCCAAGAGAUCAAUUUUUAGUCCUCUCAUCUGACGGCUUAUAUCAGUACUUGAGUAAUCAGGAAGUGGUUUCUGAUGUUGAGAGUUUUAUGGAGAAGUAUCCAGAUGGAGAUCCUGCACAGCACCUAAUAGAGGAGCUACUUUUGCGCGCAGCCAAGAAAGCUGGAAUGGGUUUCCAUGAAUUGCUGGACAUCCCCCAAGGUGAUCGCAGAAAAUACCAUGAUGAUGUUACAGUGAUGGUGAUAUCACUUGAAGGAAGAAUUUGGAAGUCCUCAGGAAAAUACCCGUAAAACCUUCAAUCUGUCAAAUAUCUCAAAAUUGGUGGUGACAUCGUUCGCAUUCAAGUGAAGUUGCAGCUCUGAUCCUUUGAGCCGGGGUAUUCACCAGUGGUUUGGAAGCUCCAAAGCUGACCUUCUUUUCAUCGGUCAAUGGGAGGACUCUUUCGCUCUGCAAGCAUACAGUUAAAAAGGGGGAACCCCACAGGAUCAUGGCAAAGGCUAAUGUUAGAUAUUUCAUCAACUCAAAGUUCAUGCCAAAAUAUAGGUUUUAGGACGGAAAGAUAGGAAUUUUGUUGAUGGGGGUUGAUGGGAACUGAUCUUUGUUGAUGGGGGUUGAUGGGAACUGAUCUUUAGAAAAAGGAUACAUCCCUUUCUUUUCUUUUUUCUAAAGAUUUUGCAUUGAUGGAGGCUCUUUUCUUUCAUUUCUGUCUCUUUGUUUCUUUUUAUAGCAAAAAGAAAAAAAAAUGUGGCUGUAAUUCGGUUGGGGUUUAGUUUCCUUGUCAAAGAUGAGCAUCUGUAAUUUUGUUGGUGAAUUUCCCGCCAAAUGCGGUUUACA